AUGGCUUCCACAUCGGGCAUAUCCACCAAAACGGCGAAGGACAUCAUCGCCGAACUGAACCUGAAGCCUCAUCCCGAGAAGGGUUACUUCAUCGAAACGUUUCGGGAUCCAGCUACCGACGUCAACGGGCGCGCGCACAGUACUCAAAUUUACUAUCUGCUUGAAGGCGAAUCCGGUCUCUCGCACUGGCACCGGGUCACCGAUGCCGUAGAGGUCUGGCACUACUACGCCGGUGCUCCGUUACAGCUAUCAUUGUCCUGGGACGAUGGCAAGCCUGUAAGAAACCUCGUGUUAGGGACAGAUCUUGCGGCGGGACAGCGCCCCCAGAUUGUGGUCGAGCGGAACGAGUGGCAGCAUGCUCUAAGCUUGGGUGAUUGGACGCUUGUCGGAUGUACUGUUGCACCGGCCUUCACCAUGGAGAGUUUUGACAUGGCGAAGGAAGGCUGGGAGCCCAAAGCUGCCUAG